UUAGACCUGACAUACUUGUGCCAGACUCCACUCAAGAUGGGGUCUGGCAGGGGGAUAUGGGUACCAGAAUGGGCUUUCCUAUUAGCAGCUUGCUGUGUCCAUCUGAUAGGAGCUGACACUGAAAUCCAGCAGGAAACAGGAAGCAAAUACAUGGAGGAUAUUCAGCAGAAACAAAACACUUCUGCUAUGGUAAACAUCAUCUGGCCAAUGCUGACAGAUCCAUUAAUAAGACCUUCCAAUCCUGCUCACAAUGGUCGUGUGUGCAGCACAUGGGGCAACUUCCACUUCAAGACCUUCGAUGGAGACAUAUUCUCCUUCCCUGGGCUCUGUAAUUACGUUUUUGCAUCCCAUUGCAACACUCCCUAUGAGGAUUUCAACAUCCAGAUUAGGCGCACAGUGGUGGAAAAUGCUCCAACAAUCAAUCGUAUCACCAUGAUACUUGAAGGUGUAGCUGCUGAACUAACAAAGGAUGUUGUAACAAUCAACAGCAACAGAGUUCAACUGCCAUACAGAGAAUUUGGAAUUACGAUAGAGAAAAGCAGCAUUUAUGUCAAAGUUGCCAGCAAAAUGGGUGUUGUGUUAAUGUGGAAUGAAGAUGACAAUAUCCUGCUGGAAUUGAAUGAGAAAUAUGCUAAUCAGACCUGUGGACUUUGUGGGGACUUCAAUGGCUUUCCAAUUUACAAUGAGUUCUAUUCAAACAAUAUUAAGAUUACAGCAAUGCAGUUUGGGAAUAUGCAGAAAAUGGAUGGGCCAACAGAAGUCUGUGAAGACUCUGCUUCUACCCUGCCAGACAAUUGCACUGAUAUUUUUGAUGACAUAUGUGAGGAAACAUUGACCAGCUCUGCAUUUGCAGAGUGUAAUCACCUAGUUGAUGUUAAAGAGUACAUUACGGCCUGCCAAGAAGAUUUGUGCCGCUCUGAAGAGUCUAAAAAUGCCUCAUGUAUCUGUGACACCUUUGCUGAAUACUCCCGGCAGUGUGCUCAUGCUGGUGGGCAUCCUCUGAACUGGAGAACCUCAAAACUGUGUCCCAAGAAGUGUCCUUACAACAUGCAGUAUGAGGAGUGUGGCUCCCCCUGUGCUGACACAUGCACCAAUCCUGAACCAUCUCAGUUUUGUGAAGAACACUGUAUGGACGGUUGUUUCUGCCCACCAGGCAAGUUAUUAUGUACUCACAAUUCUGAUCUCAAAGAACAGCAGCAGCUUACCUGGACUGUAUUUGAUGACAUCAAUAAAUCUGGCUGCAUCCCCCGUCAGCAGUGCUCCUGUGUUUACAAUGGCAAUGCAUACGCCACAGGAACUUCCUUUUCAGGGCAAUGUCAUUCCUGUACCUGUAAUGGAGGCCAGUGGCGUUGUGAAAACACAUCAUGCCCAGGAACAUGUUCAGUAGAGGGAGGUUCACACAUUUCCACAUACGAUAAAAAAUAUUAUGAUCACCAUGGAAACUGCACUUAUGUCCUUUCUAAGCACUGUACAGAUGGAACAUUUGCCAUCCUGGUAGAACUACGCAAAUGUGGCCUAACAAAAACUGGGACAUGCUUAGAGACAGUGACCCUCAACAUGAAUAAAGGACAAACUCUCAUCGAGGUCAAACCUGAUGGUGGUGUGUAUGUGAACUCCAUCUAUACCCAGCUGCCCAUUUCAUCAGCUAACGCUAAUGUGUUCAGACCAUCAUCAUUCUUCAUCAUCAUGCAGACAAACUUUGGUGUCCUCCUUGAAAUUCAAAUUAUACCCAUGAUGCAAGUGUUUGUGCGACUGGAUCCUAUUUUCAAAGGGCAGACAUGUGGUCUCUGUGGCAAUUUCAAUGAUCUCGAAACUGAUGACUUCAAGGUUAUAAGUGGAAUAACUGAAGGAACAGCAACAGCAUUUGCUGAUACAUGGAUGACUCAGGCUUCAUGCCCUAAAGUCCAGCGCAGUUUUGAGAACCCUUGUGCACUCAGCAUUGAUAAUGAAAAAUAUGCUCAGCACUGGUGUGGACUACUAACUGACAAGAAAGGACCUUUUGCUGAUUGUCACUAUGCAGUGAAUCCCUCUGAUUACCACAUGAACUGCAUGUAUGACACAUGUAACUGUAAAAAUAGUGAGGACUGUCUGUGUGCAGCCCUGUCUUCCUAUGUGAGAGCUUGUGCUGCAAAAGGAAUACAGCUGGAUGGAUGGAGGACCGAUGUCUGCUCAAAAUACACCUCAUGUCCCAAAUCCCUAAGCUACAGCUAUAACAUCUCUUCCUGUCAACCCACUUGUCGAUCUCUGAGCGAGCAUGAUGUCACAUGCAAAAUUAAGUUUGUCCCAGUUGAUGGCUGCACCUGCAUAAAUGGAACUUACAUGGAUGAAAGUGGCAGAUGUGUGCCUGCUACUGAAUGCCCCUGCUACUACAGAGGAUCUCCCAUAUCAUCUGGAGAAACUGUCCAAGCAAAUGGGCUUGUAUGCACGUGCAUCCAGGGAAGACUGGAUUGCACUGGAGAACCCAAUCCAGAUCGAGUCUGUGAAUCUCCCAUGGUCUACUUAGACUGUAGAAACAUCAGUGAAGGAACAACUGGAACAGAAUGUCAAAAAAGUUGUCAGACUCUGGAUAUGCAGUGUUAUAGCAUGCAUUGCAUAUCUGGUUGCGUGUGCCCAGCUGGGCUUGUGUUACAUGGGAAUGGUGAUUGUAUUCCUGAAGAGGAAUGUCCAUGUAUUCACAAUGAAGCCAUGUAUCAGCCUGGGGAAAAGAUCAGCGUUGACUGUAACACCUGUGUAUGCAAGAAUAGGAAGUGGGAAUGCACCAAAGAUCAAUGUCUGGGCACUUGUGCUGUUUAUGGAGAUGGUCAUUAUAAUACCUUUGAUGACAAAAGGUUCAACUUCAAUGGAAACUGUGAAUACACACUAGUCCAGGACCACUGUGGGAUGAGUGGCACAGCCAAUGGAACCUUUCGGGUUAUUACUGAAAAUAUUCCCUGUGGCAACAGUGGGACAACUUGUUCAAAAUCUAUCAAAGUUUUCUUAGAGAGCUAUGAACUGAUACUUGGCGAGGAGCAUGUCAGUGUCAUAAAGAGAGGACAAAAUAAUGAGGUGCCAUACACAGUCCGCUAUAUGGGUAUGUACGUGGUAAUUGAGACCACAAGUGGACUGAUACUCAUGUGGGACAAGAAAACCAGCAUCUUCAUCAAGCUCAGCCCUGAUUUUAAGGGCCAGGUCUGUGGCCUCUGUGGAAAUUAUGAUGGCAGCGGCAUCAAUGACUUUACUACAAGGAGUCAGUCUGUGGUAGAGAAUGUCCUAGAGUUUGGAAACAGCUGGAAAGUAUCCUCUACAUGUCCUGAUGCUUCCAGCAUAAAGGACCCCUGUUCUACCAACCCUUAUCGAAAAUCCUGGUCAGAGAAACAGUGUAGCAUCAUCAACAGCAAUGUCUUUGCUGCCUGUCACUCUCAGGUUGAACCAGCAAAAUACUACCAAGCAUGUGUGACAGAUGCUUGUGCAUGUGACACUGGAGGAGACUGUGACUGCUUUUGUACAGCAGUAGCUGCCUAUGCUCAAGCAUGUAGUGAAGUUGGUGUCUGCAUAGCCUGGAGAACCCCAUCAAUCUGUCCACUGUUUUGUGAUUACUACAAUCAACAAGGGGAAUGUGAAUGGCACUAUAAGCCUUGUGGAGCCUCCUGUAUGAAGACCUGUAGGAAUCCAAGUGGAAAAUGCCUCCAUAACUUGUCAGGUUUAGAAGGCUGCUACCCUAACUGCCCACCAGACAAGCCAUAUUUUCAUGAGGACCAGAUGAAGUGCGUUAGUCUCUGUGACUGUUAUUAUAACGAAGAUGGAAAGAUAUACAUACGGGAUGAAUGCCAUGUAUGUGAAUGCACAUCAGAUGGUUUAGAGUGCAAGUUUGAUGAUAAAGCAUGCCACUGCAUUUAUGAAGGGAACAACUAUAAAUAUGGUGAAGUCAUCUACAACACCACAGAUGGAACUGGAUGGUGUUUCACUGCAACAUGUGAUGUCAACGGAACAAUUAGCAGAAAUAUCUCUAAAUGUGGCAUCUUUACAACAACCCCACUUCCUUUUCUUACAAGUCAGUUCGAAACUACUGCUUCAGAAAUGACAACUGCAGCACCAGUGACAACUGUAUGUGUGAAGAAUAUAUGUUCGUGGUCAGAAUGGUAUGACUGCACACAGCCUGAAAAUAAAGAGGAUAGUGGAGAUUAUGAAACAUUUGAAAAUCUCAGAGAAAAAGGAUACAGUGUGUGUAAAAACCCAAACAAUGUUCAAUGCAGAGCCAAAGAACACCCAAAUAUAGAAAUAAACAAUCUUAACCAAACAGUUAAAUGUAGUCUCAGUACAGGAUUAAUAUGCAAUAACAAAGACCAGCAAUCUAAGCACUGCUAUAAUUAUGAAAUCAGAAUAUUAUGCUGCAGUUACAUACCAUGUUCAGAAUUACCAACUAUGACGGCAAGAACCACAGAAUUCACAACUACUGCUGUAAAAUCAACACCAUUCACAAUAAAAACAAAGACACAACAAACAACAAAACAUGCAGUAAGUGAAGUAACUACAUCACCAACAGAGAGAGAAAGCACAAUAAGGACUGUAACUACAGUUACAUCAAAAACACCACAAAUAUCAACAACAGGUUACCAGACAACAUCAAUUAAACAAGAAACAUCAACUCUAGAAACCCAAGCUCCAACAUCACACGGUACUGCCACCAGCCUCAACCCAUCAGGAAUAACAACCGCCACUGGCACCACAGCUCUCCCCACUACCACUGUAAGGUCAACACAAGGAACAACCAUAGUCACCACCAGCAGCAUGGCUAGCACCACGAGGACAUCUCCACCUCCAACAGAAGGAACCACCAUCAUCACUCCCAAUCCAAUAGUGCCCACAUCAGAAGCCAGCAGUGCAUUCAGCACUUCCAGGACCACCAAAGGAAGCACCACAACAUCCACAUCCACAUCAACUCCAGCACAAACGUCCUCUCUGCCAACCCAGGCUCCAUCAGCACACAGCACUGCCACCAGCCUCAACCCAUCAGCAACAACAACCACCACUGGCACCACCAUUGUCCCCAGUACCACUGCACCGCCAACAGGAGGCACAACAAUCAUGCCUACCACCAGCAGGGCCAUCACAACAAGGACAACCGCACCUCCAACAGAAGGAACAACCAGGACAACCACAGGAAGCACAACAAAGUCCAGAUCCACCUCUACUUCAGCACAAACCUCCAAUCCCCCAACAAAGUCUCCAACAGCACAAAGUACUGCAAUCAGCCUCAGUCCAUCAACAAGGAUAACCACCACUGGCACCACCAUUGUCCCCAGCAGCACUACACAGCCAACAGAAGGCACAAGCAUCACCACUACCACCAGAACGGCCAGCAACACCAGGAACUCUCCACCUCCAACAGAAGGAACCACCAGCAUCACACCCACUACAACAUCACAAACCUCAGCCAGUAGCAAAAUCAGCACUUCUAGGACCACCAAAGGAAGCACCACAACAUCCACAUCCACAUCAACUUCGGUUCAAACAUCCACUUCUCCAACCCACGCUCCGACAUCUCAUAGAAGCGCCACCAGCCUCAGCCCAUCAACAACGACAACCACCACUGGAACUACCAUAGUCCCCAACAGCACUGCACCACCAACAGAAAGCACAAGCACCGUCAUUUCCACCAGCACGGCCAGCACAACCACGACCUCCCCACCUCCAACAGAACGAACCACCAUCGUCACACCCCGUAGAACAUCACAAACCUCAGCCGGUAGCACGACCACCACUUCCAGGACCACCACAGGAAGCACCACAACGUCCACAUCCACAUCAACUCCUCCACAAACAUCCUCUUUGCCAACCCAGGCUCCAACAUCACAAAGUACUGCCACCCGCCUCAGCCCAUCAACAACGACAACCACCACUGGCACUACCAUAGUCCCCAGCAGCACUGCACCACCAACAGAAAGCACAACCGCCAUCACCACCACCAGCACAGCAAGGACCAGCAGGACCUCUCCACCUCCAACAGAAGGAACCACCAUCAUCACACCCACUACAACAUCACAAACCUCAGCCAGUAGCACUAUCAGCACUUCCACGACCACCACAGGAAGCACCACAACAUCCACAUCCACAACGACUCCAGUUCAAACACCCACUUCUCCAACCCACACUCCAACAUCUCAUAGUAGUGCCACCAGCCUCAGCCCAUCAACAACGACAACCACCACUGGCACCACCAUAGUCCCCAGCAGCACUGCACCGCCAACAGAAAGCACAACCGCCAUCACCACCGCCAGCACAGCAAGGACCAGCAGGACCUCUCCACCUCCAACAGAAGGAACCACCAUCAUCACACCCACUACAACAUCACAAACCUCAGCCAGUAGCACUAUCAGCACUUCCACGACCACCACAGGAAGCACCACAACAUCCACAUCCACAUCAACUCCUCCACAAACAACCUCUUUGCCAACCCAGGCUCCAACAUCACAAAGUACUGCCACCCGCCUCAGCCCAUCAACAACGACAACCACCACUGGAACUACCGUAGUCCCCGGUAGCACGUCACUGCCAACAGAAAGCACGAGCACCGUCACUUCCACCAGCACGGCCAGCACCACCAGGACCUCUCCACCUCCAACACAAGGAACAGGCACCAUCACACCCACUCCGACACAGACAACCUCAGCUACAGCCACCACUCUCAGCACCUCCAGGACCUCUACCACCUGCCAGCCACAAUGUGUCUGGACUCAGUGGUUUGACGUGGAUACCCCCAGCCCCGGGAGUGAAAAUGGAGACAUAGAGACAUUUGAAAGCAUCCGAGCCGCUGGGUACACACUGUGUGACCAGCCACAAGACAUCAAGUGCCGCGCUAAAGAUUACCCUUCUAGGAGUCUGGACAAGUUGGGACAGGUCUUUCAGUGCAGCAUCGAAUUUGGCCUUGUGUGCAAAAAUGAGGAUCAGAUCACAAAGUACCCCCUGUGCUUCGACUAUGAGAUUCAGGUGCUCUGUUGUGACACUAAAACCUGCGUGGACACAUCAACAACUACAGGUACCACUGCAGGAUCCCCCACCACACCCUCUCUAACACAAACCUCCAAUCCGCCAACAGAGUCUCCAACAGCACACAGUACUGACACCAGCCUCAGCCCAUCAACAACGACAACCACCACUGGCACCACCAUUGUCCCCAGUACCACUGCACCGCCAACAGAAGGCACGAGCAUCUUAACAACCACCAGCACAGCAAGCACCACCGGGACCUCUCCACUUCCAACAGAAAGAACCACCAUUGUCAUACCCACUACAACAUCACACACCUCAGCCAGUAGCACAAUCAGCACUUCCAGGACCACCACAGGAAGCACCACAACGUCCACAUCCACAUCAACUUCCGUUCAAACAUCCACUUCUCCAACCCACGCUCCAACAUCUCAUAGUAGUGCCACCAGCCUCAGCCCAUCAACAACGACAACCACCACUGGCACUACCAUAGUCCCCGGUACCACUACACCGCCAACAGAAAGCACGAGCACCGUCACUACCACCAGCACAGCCAGCAUCACCGGGACCUCUCCACCUCCAACAGAAAGAACCACCAUCAUCACACCCACUACAACAUCACACAUCUCAGCCGGUAGUACAACCAGCACUUCCAGGACCACCACAGGAAGCACCACAACAUCCACAUCCCCAUCAACUCCUCCACAAACAUCCUCUUCUCCAACCCAGGCUCCAACAUCACAAAGUACUGCCACCCACCUCAGCCCAUCAACAACAACGACAACCACCACUGGCACCACCAUAGUCCUAAGCACCACUGCACCGCCAACAGAAAGCACAACCGCCACCACUACCACCAGCACGGCCAGCACCACCAGGACCUCUCCACCUCCAACAGAAGGAACCACCAUCAUCACACCCACUACAACAUCACAAACCUCAGCCAGUAGCAUUAUCAGCACUUCCAGGACAACCACAGGAAGCACCACAACGUCCACAUCCACAUCGACUCCAGUACAAACACCCACUUCUCCAACCCACGCUCCAACAACUCAUAGUAGUGCCACCAGCUUCAGCCCAUCAACAACGACAACCACCACUGGCACUACCGUAGUCCCCGGUAGCACGGCACUGCCAACAGAAAGCACGAGCACCGUCACUACCACCAGCAGGGCCAGCACCACCGGGACCUCUCCACCUCCAACAGAAAGAACCACCAUCAUAACACCCACUACAACAUCACACAUCUCAGCCAGUACUACGAUCAGCAUGUCCACGACCACCAAAGGAAGCACCACAACAUCCACAUCCCCAUCAACUCCUCCACAAACAACCUCUUUGCCAACCCAGGCUCCAACAUCACAAAGUACUGCCACCCGCCUCAGCCCAUCAACAACGACAACCACCACUGGCACUACCAUAGUCCCCAGCAGCACUGCACCGCCAACAGAGAGCACAACCGCCAUCACCACCGCCAGCACAGCAAGGACCAGCAGGACCUCUCCACCUCCAACAGAAGGAACCACUAUCAUCACACCCACUACAACGUCACAAACCUCAGCCAGUAGCACUAUCAGCACUUCCACGACCACCACAGGAAGCACCACAACAUCCACAUCCACAUCGAAUCCAGUUCAAACACCCACUUCUCCAACCCACGCUCCAAUAUCUCAUAGUAGUGCCACCAGCCUCAGCCCACCAACAACGACAACCACCACUGGCACUACCGUAGUCCCCAGUAGCACGGCACUGCCAACAGAAAGCACGAGCACCGUCACUUCCACCAGCACGGCCAGCACCACCAGGACCUCUCCACCUUCAACACAAGGAACAGGCACCAUCACACCCACUCCGACACAGACAACCUCAGCUACAGCCACCACUCUCAGCACCUCCAGGACCUCUACCACCUGCCAGCCACAAUGUGUCUGGACUCAGUGGUUUGACGUGGAUACCCCCAGCCCCGGGAGUGAAAAUGGAGACAUAGAGACAUUUGAAAGCAUCCGAGCUGCUGGGUACACACUGUGUGACCAGCCACAAGACAUCAAGUGCCGCGCUAAAGAUUACCCUUCUAGGAGUCUGGACAAGUUGGGACAGGUCUUUCAGUGCAGCAUCGAAUUUGGCCUUGUGUGCAAAAAUGAGGAUCAGAUCACAAAGUACCCCCUGUGCUUUGACUAUGAGAUUCAAGUGCUCUGUUGUGACACUAAAACCUGCGUGGACACAUCAACAACUACAGGUACCACUGCAGGAUCCUCCACCACACCCUCUCUAACACAAACCUCCAAUAGGCCAACAGAGUCUCCAACAGCACACAGUACUGACACCAGCCUCAGCCCAUCAACAACGACAACCACCACUGGCACCACCAUUGUCCCCAGUACCACUGCACCGCCAACAGAAGGCACGAGCAUCGUAACUACCACCAGCACAGCAAGCACCACCGGGACCUCUCCACUUCCAACAGAAAGAACCACCAUCGUCAUACCCACUACAACAUCACAAACCUCAGCCAGUAGCACAAUCAGCACUUCGAGGACCACCACAGGAAGCACCACAACGUCCACAUCCACAUCAACUUCCGUUCAAACAUCCACUUCUUCAACCCACGCUCCAACACCACAAAGUACUGCCACCAGCCUCAGCCCAUCAACAACGACAACCACCACUGGCACCACCAUUGUCCCCAGCAGCACUACACCACCAACAGAAAGCACGAGCACCGUCACUACCACCAGCACGGCCAGCACCACUGGGACCUCUCCACCUCCAACAGAAAGAACCACUAUCAUCACAACCACUACAACAUCACACAUCUCAGCUAGCAGUACAAUCAGCACUUCCACAACCACCACAGGAAGCACCACAACAUCCACAUCCCCACCAACUCCUCCACAAACAACCUCUUUGCCAACCCAGGCUCCUACAUCACAAAGUACUGCCACCCACCUCAGCCCAUCAACAACGACAACCACCACUGGCACCACCAUAGUCCCCAGCAGCACUGCACCGCCAACAGAAAGCACAACCGCCAUCACCACCACAAGCACGGCCAGCACCACCAGGAGCUCUCCACCUCCAGCAGAAGGAACCACCAUCAUCACACCCACUACAACGUCACAAACCUCAGCCAGUAGCACUAUCAGCACUUCCACGACCACCACAGGAAGCACCACAACAUCCACAUCCCCAUCAACUCCUCCACAAACAACCUCUUUGCCAACCCAGGCUCCAACAUCACAAAGUACUGCCACCCGCCUCAGCCCAUCAACAACGACAACCACCACUGGAACUACCGUAGUCCCCGGUAGCACGUCACUGCCAACAGAAAGCAUGAGCAUCGUCACUUCCACCAGCACGGCCAGCACCACCAGGACCUCUCCACCUCCAACACAAGGAACAGGCACCAUCACACCCACUCCGACACAGACAACCUCAGCUACAGCCACCACUCUCAGCACCUCCAGGACCUCUACCACCUGCCAGCCACAAUGUGUCUGGACUCAGUGGUUUGACGUGGAUACCCCCAGCCCCGGGAGUGAAAAUGGAGACAUAGAGACAUUUGAAAGCAUCCGAGCUGCUGGGUACACACUGUGUGACCAGCCACAAGACAUCAAGUGCCGCGCUAAAGAUUACCCUUCUAGGAGUCUGGACAAGUUGGGACAGGUCUUUCAGUGCAGCAUCGAAUUUGGCCUUGUGUGCAAAAAUGAGGAUCAGAUCACAAAGUACCCCCUGUGCUUUGACUAUGAGAUUCAAGUGCUCUGUUGUGACACUAAAACCUGCGUGGACACAUCAACAACUACAGGUACCACUGCAGGAUCCUCCACCACACCCUCUCUAACACAAACCUCCAAUCCGCCAACAGAGUCUCCAACAGCACACAGUACUGACACCAGCCUCAGCCCAUCAACAAUGACAACCACCACUGGCACCACCAUUGUCCCCAGUACCACUGCACCGCCAACAGAAGGGACGAGCAUCGUAACUACCACCAGCACAGCAAGCACCACCGGGACCUCUCCACUUCCAACAGAAAGAACCACCAUCGUCACACCCACUACAACAUCACAAACCUCAGCCAGUAGCACUAUCAGCACUUCGAGGACCACCAAAGGAAGCACCACAACAUCCACAUCCACAUCAACUUCCGUUCAAACCUCCACUUCUCCAACCCACGCUCCAACACCACAAAGUACUGCCACCAGCCUCAGCCCAUCAACAACGACAACCACCACUGGCACCACCAUUGUCCCCAGCAGCACUACACCACCAACAGAAAGCACGAGCACCGUCACUACCACCAGCACGGCCAGCACCACCAGGACCUCUCCACCUCCAACAGAAAGAACCACUAUCAUCACAACCACUACAACAUCACACAUCUCAGCCGGUAGUACAAUCAGCACUUCCACAACCACCACAGGAAGCACCACAACAUCCACAUCCCCAUCAACUCCUCCACAAACAACCUCUUUCCCAACCCAGGCUCCUACAUCACAAAGUACUGCCACCCGCCUCAGCCCAUCAACAACGACAACCACCACUGGCACCACCAUAGUCCCCAGCAGCACUGCACCGCCAACAGAAAGCACGACCAUCACCACCACAAGCACGGCCAGCACCACCAGGAGCUCUCCACCUCCAACAGAAGGAACCACUAUCAUCACACCCACUAAAACAUCACAAACCUCAGCCAGUAGCACUAUCAGCACUUCCACGACCACCACAGGAAGCACCACAACAUCCACAUCCACAUCGAAUCCAGUUCAAACACCCACUUCUCCAACCCACACUCCAACAUCUCAUAGUAGUGCCACCAGCCUCAGCCCAUCAACAACGACAACCACCACUGGCACCACCAUAGUCCCCAGCAGCACUGCACCGCCAACAGAAAGCACAACCGCCAUCACCACCACCAGCACGGCCAGCACCACCAGGAGCUCUCCACCUCCAACAGAAGGAACCACCAUCAUCACACCCACUACAACGUCACAAACCUCAGCCAGUAGCACUAUCAGCACUUCCACGACCACCACAGGAAGCACCACAACAUCCACAUCCCCAUCAACUCCUCCACAAACAACCUCUUUGCCAACCCAGGCUCCAACAUCACAAAGUACUGCCACCCGCCUCAGCCCAUCAACAACGACAACCACCACUGGAACUACCGUAGUCCCCGGUAGCACGUCACUGCCAACAGAAAGCACGAGCACCGUCACUUCCACCAGCACGGCCAGCACCACCAGGAGCUCUCCACUUCCAACAGAAGGAACCACCAUCAUCACACCCACUACAACGUCACAAACCUCAGCCAGUAGCACUAUCAGCACUUCCACGACCACCACAGGAAGCACCACAACGUCCACAUCCACAUCAACUUCCGUUCAAACAUCGACUUCUCCAACCCACGCUCCAACAUCUCAUAGUAGUGCCACCAGCCUCAGCCCAUCAGCAACGACAACCACCACUGGCACUACCGUAGUCCCCAGUAGCACGGCAAUGCCAACAGAAAGCACGAACACUGUCACUUCCACCAGCACAGCCAGCACCACCAGGACCUCUCCACCUCCAACAGAAGGAACCACCAUCGUCACACCCACUACAACAUCACAAACCUCAGCCAGUAGCACUAUCAGCACUUCCAGGACCACCAAAGGAAGCACCACAACGUCCACAUCCACAUCAACUUCCGUUCAAACAUCCACUUCUUCAACCCACCCUCCAACACCACAAAGUACUGCCACCAGCCUCAGCCCAUCAACAACGACAACCACCACUGGCACCACCAUUGUCCCCAGCAGCACUACACCACCAACAGAAAGCACGAGCACCGUCACUACCACCAGCACGGCCAGCACCACCAGGACCUCUCCACCUCCAACAGAAAGAACCACUAUCAUCACAACCACUACAACAUCACACAUCUCAGCCGGUAGUACAAUCAGCACUUCCACAACCACCACAGGAAGCACCACAACAUCCACAUCCCCAUCAACUCCUCCACAAACAACCUCUUUGCCAACCCAGGCUCCUACAUCACAAAGUACUGCCACCCGCCUCAGCCCAUCAACAACGACAACCACCACUGGCACCACCAUAGUCCCCAGCAGCACUGCACCGCCAACAGAAAGCACAACCGCCAUCACCACCACAAGCACGGCCAGCACCACCAGGAGCUCUCCACCUCCAACAGAAGGAGCCACUAUCAUCACACCCACUACAACAUCACAAACCUCAGCCAGUAGCACUAUCAGCACUUCCACGACCACCACAGGAAGCACCACAACAUCCACAUCCACAUCGAAUCCAGUUCAAACACCCACUUCUCCAACCCACACUCCAACAUCUCAUAGUAGUGCCACCAGCCUCAGCCCUUCAACAACGACAACCACCACUGGCACUACCGUAGUCCCCAGUAGCACGGCACUGCCAACAGAAAGCACGAGCACCGUCACUUCCACCAGCACGGCCAGCACCACCAGGACCUCUCCACCUCCAACACAAGGAACAGGCACCAUCACACCCACUCCGACACAGACAACCUCAGCUACAGCCACCACUCUCAGCACCUCCAGGACCUCUACCACCUGCCAGCCACAAUGUGUCUGGACUCAGUGGUUUGACGUGGAUACCCCCAGCCCCGGGAGUGAAAAUGGAGACAUAGAGACAUUUGAAAGCAUCCGAGCCGCUGGGUACACACUGUGUGACCAGCCACAAGACAUCAAGUGCCGCGCUAAAGAUUACCCUUCUAGGAGUCUGGACAAGUUGGGACAGGUCUUUCAGUGCAGCAUCGAAUUUGGCCUUGUGUGCAAAAAUGAGGAUCAGAUCACAAAGUACCCCCUGUGCUUCGACUAUGAGAUUCAGGUGCUCUGUUGUGACACUAAAACCUGCGUGGACACAUCAACAACUACAGGUACCACUGCAGGAUCCUCCACCACAGCCUCUCCAACACAAACCUCCAAUCCGCCAACACAGUCUCCAACAGCACACAGUACUGCCACCAGCCUCAGCCCAUCAACAAUGACAACCACCACUGGCACCACCAUUGUCCCCAGUACCACUGCACCGCCAACAGAAGGCACGAGCAUCGUAACUACCACCAGCACAGCAAGCACCACCGGGACCUCUCCACUUCCAACAGAAAGAACCACCAUUGUCAUACCCACUACAACAUCACACACCUCAGCCAGUAGCACAAUCCGCACUUCCAGGACUACCACAGGAAGCACCACAACGUCCACAUCCACAUCAACUUCCGUUCAAACAUCCACUUCUCCAACCCACGCUCCAACAUCACAAAGUACUGCCACCAGCCUCAGCCCAUCAACAACGACAACCACCACUGGCACCACCAUUGUCCCCAGUACCACUGCACCGCCAACAGAAGGCACGAGCAUCGUAACUACCACCAGCACAGCAAGCACCACCGGGACCUCUCCACUUCCAACAGAGAGAACCACCAUCGUCAUACCCACUACAACAUCACACAUCUCAGCCGGUAGUACAACCAGCACUUCCAGGACCACCAGAGGAAGCACCAGAACGUCCACAUCCACAUCAACUCCAGUUCAAACAUCCACUUCUCCAACCCAGGCUCCAACAUCACACAGUACUGCUACCAUCCUCAGCCCGUCAGCAACUACCAUCACCACUGGCACCCACAUUUUCUCCAGUACUACUGCACUGCCAACAGAAGUUCCGAGCAUCGUCACUACCACCAGCACGGCCAGCACCACCAGGAUCUCUCCACCUGCAACAGAAGGAACCACCAUCAUCACACCCAAUCGAUCAGUGCCUACGUUAGCCAGCAGCACCACCAGCUCAAAGCCCUCCACAACAUCCACAUCUACCUCUACUCCAGCACAAACAUCCUCUCUGCCAACCCAGCCUCCAACACCACACAUUACUGUCAUCAGUGUCAAUCAUUCAGCAACAACAACCAUUCCUGCUUCACUGGGGCUCCGCAGUACCAUUGCAGCGACAACACAAGGCACAACCACCAUCACUACCACCAGCCCAGCCAGCACCACCAGGACCUCUCCACCUCCAACAGAAGAAAGAACCACAACAACCAUCACUAGAGUACCCACCUCAGCAGUCAGCAGCAGUAGCACCUCAAGGACCACCACAGGAGGCACCACAACAUUCAUGUCUGGUCCAUCAGAAACAUCUACUCUGGCAACUGAGGCUCCAACUUCACACAUUACUGCCUCCAGCCAUCACCCUUCAGCAACAACGACCAUAUUUUCUACACACAUCCCUGCUACAUCUGUUUCUUCUACUGCACUGAGUACUGUCACAAUUCCCAGAAUUUUCUCUACCACCAGCAUCCCAGUAACAACAUCUGCUACACCACAGUCAAGUCAUGUUACAAGAAGCACUUCUCCAAUCUUCAGUUCUAUCUCCAGCACACCUGUCACAACAGAAGCAAGUACAUUUGUAUCAUCAAUUGGAACGACUCCAUGUUUUUGUCAUGUAUUUGGUAAAUUUUUUUCUCCAGGGGAAGUGAUAUACAACAGAACAGACGGCGCUGGCUGUAAUUUUUUUGCACUUUGCAGCAAGGAAUGUGAAACUGACCCAUACCAGGGGCCAUGUCCUUCUACAACACCUUUCACUUCAACACAAGCCACCUCAUCCACAGAACAUGGAUUUUCUUCUGUCUCACAGACAACAGCAACAUCCAUCACAACUUCAGGAGCAAGAAACUGUACUGAUGUCAAUCCUCCGCGAAAGCCUGGAGAGCACUGGAUAAGUGAAUGCCAGAAGUGUGUCUGCGACAACCUCACUGCCAUCGUACAGUGCCAGCCGAUUCUAUGCCCAACAGCUCAGACACCAAUUUGUGACCUCGGAUUUGUUCCUGUGCCUGUACUACCACCAAAAGACUCAUGUUGUCUUGAAUAUCGUUGCCAACCAAUAGAUGGCAUCUGUGUGAUUAACGGUACAAUGUACACGGUUGGAAUGUCGACAGUCAUCAAUCCAUGCAAGAAUUGUACCUGCACUUCUGAGAAAGAUCCAGUGAAUAAUACUAAUACUGUGCACUGUGAAACAGUUCAAUGUGAAACAUCUUGCCCGCUGGGUUAUCAAUACAUGACUGAGGAUGGAGAGUGUUGUGGGGAGUGUAUUGAAGUAGCUUGCAUAAUCAAACUAAAUAAUAACACCGUUCACAUGCUCCGAGUUGAUGAUGUCCUGUCAAUCGAUAACUGCACCCAGUACAAAUGUGAAAAAAUUGAAGAUCAAUUUGUUGCAGUCCAAACUAAAAAAAUAUGCCCUGAGUACAACCCAGAAGAGUGUGAUCCUGACGAAACAGAGACUACUCCUGAUGGGUGCUGCAAAAUAUGUAAACCUACAAACUGCAAAGUUUAUAGCAAAAAGAAUGUGAUCCGCCUCGGUGACUGUGAAUCUUCAGUACCUGUCGAGCUGACAUAUUGUGAAGGAACUUGCCCUGGCUCCUCAGUGUAUUCUUUUGAAGCAAACCAGAUGCAACACGAGUGCGGCUGCUGCCAGGAGUUCAGCAGCCAAACAAAAGAGGUGACCCUGACUUGCCCAGAUGGAACAAGCAUGAAUUAUAGCUAUGUUUACGUGGAUCAAUGCCAGUGUAUGAAUGCGUGCACCUCUGCAGAAUCUGAUUCCCAACAGAAAAUCAGCAGACGAAAGAGAUGA